AAGGACAUGAUUUUUAGGGAAAGUGUAAUGUGGGGAAAAAAAAUAAAAAGGCAACCAAAAAGAAAAAGGAAAACUAACGAAAUGGCUUGAUCUAAUUAAUGUCAUGCAGCUUGAUCUAAUCUGUGCAACUAAGGGGACUGAAGCAUGGGUUGAGAAGCUCAAGUGGGAAGGACUCGAGACGUUUUUAAGCAUGGAGAGGACUCCUUUGUAUUGUGGGACAGAAAGUGCCACAAAGGGGUUCAAGAGAUCAUAUAAGAACUUGCACUUUUACUGGAUUCUUGGCGCAGGCCACUUUGUUCCAGUGGAUCAACCCUGCGUAUCACUGGACAUGGUCACUGCCAUCACACAGUCACCUGCUUCUACCUGAGGCUACAGCAAUAAAGAAAAAGACAGACGAUGGGGACUUCUGGUUCUGAUAGGUCAAAUACCUCAAAUCCUAUGACACAGACAAAAAGAAGGAGGACGGUGCAGCUUCUUUCUUUUCUUUUCUUUUUUUCCCCUUCUAGAAAAGUAAAUAACAGCCAUGUCCAUUUUUUGAUUUCACAUCUUUGUAGAAAAAAUGGAAGGACAAUGUAUCAGUACGCAAACAAAUUUGAAAUCAGCAAAAGAAUUUGUCCCAGUGAUA